AUAAAUUUAUGUCAAUGAUCCAAAAGCAAUUAUAAAUAUUAUUUAAAAAUUUCUGAAAAGGAUGACUAUUUCUCAGAAGUCCCAAGGUGAUCAUUUGCCAGAUAUUAUUUUCUACAUUUAAUCGUAGAGUUGGUACUUUAAAUUGGAAUGAAGAUGUUGUUUUUUUUUUAAAUAAUUUAGAAUGGACUAUUUUAAUGGAAGAACCUGUAUUGCGCGACUCUUACGGAAAAGUCAUGCAAAACUGCUAGCUAGAAGUUUGAAUUUACCGCGCGUAAUGAAAUUAAAAAAGCGCGCCAACGCGAUGUCCUCCGUUUCGAUGUCUCGAAUCGUAUCUAGGUGGCCUUAAAGUUUCGAAGCCGGCCAGACCGGACUGUAUUUUUGCUGAGCUGGGUUGUUAUUUACAUCUCGGAGCCGCUGUUCGUCCAGUGAUCCCAUCUGUGAGAGGAGAGGAGCGGCGAAAAAUUCUCGUGUGAAAAUUCGUCGCGCUGGCAUCCCAACAUUAUCAAAGUCCAAUCCCCCUUUUAGUGUUUCCCUAUCACCUGCACCGCGCGGCCUUAACCUGCCUUAGCCAGGACGUUUGACAACGAUGAAAGUGACGGUGACUACGCUCAGCGACGACAUCUUCGUCCUAGAUGUCAGCGAGGAGUUGGAGUUGGAAAACUUCAAGGCUUUCUGCGAGAUCGAGAGCGGCGUCCCGGCUCACGAGAUCGUAAUUGCGUUCAAUGGUCUUCCCCUGAUGGACGACAAAAAAUCGUUACGAGAUCACGGGAUCCGGGACGGUGACGCGGUGAUCUUGCAGCAUAUGCACCAGAGUGGCAACCUUCACCCCUUUGACAGAGCUGUUCCCAUGUUGGACUGCAGUUCCAUCAGAGUACCAGAAGUGUCCACUAAUCGACAGCCUACCACUUCGAAUAAUGCUGCAAGAGUACAAAAUCCUAGAAGCGAGGAUGAUCCAGCGAUGAUAAGAGAUAUGUUCUUAGCUAACCCAGAUCAGCUAGCACUGCUCAAACAGAAUAAUUCUAGACUAGCCGAUGCUUUACUAUCUGGAAAUUUUGAUAGAUUUUCUACUGUACUCAGAGAGCAAAUAAAAGCUCGAGAUGAACGUCAGGCUCAAAGAUUAAGAAUGAUGAAUGCAGAUCCGUUUGAUACGGAAGCACAAAGGCUAAUUGCAGAGGAAAUUAGGCAAAAAAACAUUGAAGCCAAUAUGGAAGCUGCAAUGGAGUAUAAUCCGGAAAUAUUUGGAACAGUUGUUAUGUUAUAUAUUAAUUGUAAAGUCAAUGGAUUUCCAGUUAUAGCAUUUAUUGAUUCAGGUGCACAGUCAACUAUAAUGUCUGCUGCCUGUGCGGAAAGGUGCCACAUAAUGCGAUUAGUAGACUCAAGGUGGGCUGGAGUGGCUAAAGGUGUCGGAACUGAACCCAUUAUUGGACGUAUACACAUGGUACAAAUUCAGAUUGGUAACGAUCACUUAACGACAUCGUUCAGUGUCCUUGAAAAUCAACAAUUGGACAUGUUAUUUGGUUUGGACAUGUUGAAGAGGCACCAGUGUUGCAUAGACUUGAAGAAAAAUGUCCUAAAAAUUGGCACUACUGGCACUGAAACACCAUUUCUUGCGGAAGGCGAUUUGCCUGAGUGUGCAAGGUUGAGUGGCAACAAUGAUCCGGCUUUUGACGAUGAGGUUUUCGACGAUAGGGAACUUCAAAGAGCUCUGGAGGAUAGUUCUAGAGAUGCGACGAAACAACGUCAACAAAAAGAUGGUCAAGGAAGUAAUAAUUCAAGCGGGAUUUCGAGUUCGUCAAGCAUAUCAACCGCUCUAGACACAACAGUGCACUCUCAAGAUCCUUUCACGGAGGAAACAGUCGAGGAGAUCGUGGCCUUGGGUUUUACCAGGGCGCAAGUUAUCGGGGAAUUGCGCAGAUUAAACGGAGAUAAGGCGCAAGCUACCGCUGCGUUAUUCGCGAAAUCAUUAAAAUUUUAAGGCAACGAAGAGGGGAAAUGAAACUUUUAAAAAUCCAGAUAACAAAUGUAGAGGAUAAGAGAAUUUGUACUUGUUUACUUGUAGCGAUUUUUCAUACAAUGAUUACUCAUGUUGAUGCACCAAGUGACCAAUAACGCUCAGACAGAGACACGUUUAUCAUUCGACGGUAUAGGUUUAAUUCCGCCGAGCAGAACUGGAUGAUUAGGUUCCAUUUUCAGGGUGAAGCUAUGUAUCCUGUGCAUAUCCUAUUUUUUUUGUUAUGUAUCCAGAAUUUAUAAGGUGAAUUAAGUCUGUUGAAUUUCAAUAGGGGCGAGUCAGUGUGGUGUGGAAUUCAACUACAAUUACCGCAAUACGCAUAAGUUUAGGGUUAGGUUAAGGAGAAUUAUAAGGUUUAAUUAGACGAUCAGUUCGUUCUUUUUGUGGAGAUAGAAAAGAAGUUCGGUCGCGUUCGUUAGCGCUCUUACUAUUUUUUUACUAGUUCAAAUCCAUGCAGAAAAUGGAGAGCCAAAAGCAUAGUUUCACAUUACGAAUGUUCCAGGCUUUCUAACAAAUCAGCUUGCCUCUGAAAGUUAGUUCCUCCGUAAUUUAUCAAAUAAAUAAACAUUGUAACGCGGGAUGGUCCUGACGGAUCAAACAGUCUAAAAUACAAGCAAAACUCUCGAUUGGAAACCUUUAUUAUUUUUGGUGACUAUUCAUUGAGUCUACAUAGCAAACAACAUGAAUUUUGUACUGUUAUUAUCUGCUUAGGGUAUGGUAUUUUUCUGUAUUUUCUUUAUUAUACCGAUUAAAAAAGAAAGAAAGUGUAACAACGUAA